GUUUCAGUGAACUGAACCUCCGCACAUACCGUCGUCUCGCUCGCGCCUGCCAGCGUCUUGCUUCAACAGGUUUCGCUUUUCAGCGCUCGCAGCGUCCGCUGCGUACUCUUCGUAACUCAGCUGAAAUACUACGAAUUACACACAUCGCAUCCGUGUACUGAAAGCAUAGUUUUUCAGGCUCCUUCCACACCGACUGACACUCAGCCGACAUGCGCUGUCCAAAUUCGAAUAGCUUAUCUCAGUUGGUAGGAGCGGAGCGGCAGAUUCCGAGAGAGAGAUAACUAUUAAUAAGCAGCAUCGUCUGCGGCGGCGUGGACCGGCGGUGGGCGCGGGAAAGUCGCGAGCGCGCCGCGGGCCCCGCACGUGCGCCAUGCCCCUCCACUCGCUCUGUGCACUCGGACAUCACAAAACUACAAACAACAACUAUUUACGCGACUUUUAUGCAAACCUAAAUCCUAAGAAAUGAAACGGUGAAUUGAAAUGGAAUUUCCCAAAAGUUUUCGAGACGCGGAAAGUUCGCGCGAAAUGUAGAACGAUGGGUGGUUUUAAUGUUUACCUCUUCUGUGUUGUGAAUAAAACAUAAUUUAAAUGUAGUGAAUAGUUAUUUGAGAGUGACGAAAAUGUAGGUGUUGAGGAGGAAUGUGAGUGGAGGAACAGCCGUGGGGUAGCGGAGUGCGGAAUUCUCCAAAGUGCCAACGAUCUGUCCGUUCUUCUGGAUAGACUGUACAGUAAAGGUUGUAACAUACUCAUAAGUUGUGAUUAAGAGCUAAAAGAUCUAUUUAUACGACGAAACCUUAAAUUUAAAUUCUUAUAUUUCUUGAUGUUAAUAUAAAGUACCUGUCCCGGUGUUCCGCUGGGACUUUGUUUUCGCUCGCUGAUGCUGAGAGGUUGUGAAUAUUUGCAAUAAGACAUUGACUAGUACAAGUAACUGUUGGUUGUGUCCGGUUAUAAGUGUAGUGUAUGUGCCGGCUGGCACCAAGACUCCUUGUGUCUACUUGUAUAUAUGUGUGUUACUCGGACGGAUCUCGACGAGUGACUCGGAUACCAUUUUAUCAGCCGGUAGUCUAACUACCAACGUCGAGGCACCGAUGACGUAAUGGCAGCAGUUAAUUCGGUGGCAUCAUCGCGACUGCCGCUGCCGUCGUUCUCGCCGCGCGCCGUGUUGAUGUACAGCGCGGCGGUGGGCGGCGAGGGCGCGGUGGCGCUGCAGCUGCGAGAGGCGCGCCCGGGGGAGCGAGGCGCCGCGCCCAGGUUCAACGAGGAGCGGCUCGCCAUCGCGUGCAGCGAGCCCGAGCUGCUGGCCGACCUGCUGCACGCCGCCGCCGACAUCGGUGGCGAGCAGGAUGGCUUGUCGUCGCUGCUGGGCGGCCGCUCGCCCGACGCGGCGGCGUCCGACCUGUCCGACGGACUGUCCACGCCCGACCACGACCACGACUGCCUGUCGUCGAGCAGCUUCCUGAGCGGGCUGGCGACGGUGUCGGUGGCGGUGGCGGGGCUGGAGCGCCCGGCGGCCAGGAAGCCGCGCCCCAAGCCCGCCUCGCCCAACCGACAGGGGCCCCAGCAGUGUCAGGUGUGCAACAAGAUCUUCGGCAACGCGUCGGCGCUGGCCAAGCACAAGCUCACGCACAGCGACGAGCGCAAAUACGUGUGCUCCAUGUGCUCCAAGGCCUUCAAGCGGCAGGACCAUCUCAACGGCCACAUGCUGACGCAUCGCAACAAGAAGCCCUACGAGUGCAAGGCGGAGGGCUGCGGCAAGUCGUACUGCGACGCGCGCUCGCUGCGCCGACACACCGAGAACCACCACCAGCCCGCCGCCAACAAGACUCUCAUAGGAGUGCAAGGCGGAGGGCUGCGGCAAGUCGAGUGCAAGGCGGAGGGCUGCGGCAAGUCGUACUGCGACGCGCGCUCGCUGCGCCGACACACCGAGAACCACCACCAGCCCGCCGCCAGCAAGACUCUCAUAGAGUCAGCAGCGUGCAGCAGCAGCAGCGGGUCGUCCAGCAGCUCGAGCAGCGGGGAGCGGCGCGCCCCCUCCCCCCCCUCGCCCGGCCGCUGCCGCCCGCCGCACUCUGAGUCGAGCAGUUCGAGCGACAAGUCUAGCGGCGACAGCAGUCCGCCCGCCACGCCGCCCGCGCCGCCCACCCCGCCCGCGCGCCCGCGCCCGCCCCUCAAGCCCCCUCUCGUGAAGACCAAGACCUUCAUGACUACGUCUCAGCAACGUCAGCACUGCAGCACGAGCGGCGCGUCGAGCGGCGCGGGGAGCGGGGGCGGUGCGGGGGCUGCGGGGGGCGCGGGGGCCUCCGGGCGCUCCAAUGAGGUCAAGCCGGUGGAAUGCAACCUGUGCCAUCGCAAGUUCAAGAACAUCCCCGCCCUCAAUGGCCAUAUGCGACUGCAUGGCGGGUACUUCAAAAAGGACUCAGACAGCAAGAAGCUGGACAAGAAGGAGGCGCCGGGCCCGCCGCUGCAGACGGCGUCGGUGUCCGUGCGCGCGCUCAUCGAGGAGAAGAUCAUCAGCCGCCGCGGGGCUUCCGCCGCCGCCGCCGCUGCUGCCUCAGCAGGCACAUCAUCAGAGCCCUCCACAUCACGGGCGGGGUUCGUUGCGCCCGCGCCGCCGCCGCUGACGUCACGCUCCGCCGCCGCCUCCCCCGCCUCGCCCUUCGCCUCCCCGCGCGCCCCGCCUGUGCUGCCCCACGCCGGGCCCAGGGACUCCACGCUCAUUGAGCUGCUGAAGAAGGGAAGCACUAAGGUGGUAAAAAGAUCAGCUUCAGAUCCCGGUCAAGUAUCUCCGCAACAAGAUACGAGUUUCCGGCAAGACUUCUUCGGCGUUUCGUUCCAUUCCGACGACGGCUACUUCUCACCGGCCCUGAACGAAGACGCGUUCCAGUUCACAACCACUCCGGAACACCUGGAAGAGCUGGCGUCUUUAGAAGAUUACGCCACUGUUGCGGCGUCCAUCAGGGAGCGGUCGCCAGUCACGUUUCCCUCCAGCCGGCGCCUCGCCGCCGUCCUCAACUCGCCGCUGCCCGAGUCUCUGGCGGACUUCGGCGCAUGCCACGGCGGGUCCCCUGUGCCUUCCCCGGGUAUCGGCUACGCUACCUCCCCCGGCCUGUCGUACUCGACGGGUGACUCGCCCGGGCUGCCGUUCACCGCCACGUCCCCGGGCGGGGCGUACUCCGGCCACGCCGCGGCGUCGCCAGGCGUCGCCUACCCCACCCCGCCCUCGUCCCUCGACGCCCAGUCGCCCCACACUGCCCCUCGUGCCUCAUCACCGCUCUCAGCUGCCUUUUUCACUGCCACCAUGUCUAGUCAAGAAGAGGUGGAAGAAGCUCUAGAAGAAGUUCUUCCAGAAGAAUGCGGAUCUCUGGACGCGUUCACGCUCGACCCAUCGCCAACGUCGCGCCGCAUCAUGCUCAACUCCGAAGACCCGCUUCUGUCCAGCAGUCCACGGAACUUCACCCACCAGAGGUUCCUGUUCCGGCAACAGAGGCUGCCGAGCACCUCCACCGCCACCUCCGCGCUGCCUCACUGGCACACGCCCAAUCAGCAGGACAGCUCGUCUCUUCAGGUAUGCGUAGAAGGGCGCGACACCGUCCCAGCCGUGUUCCUGAGCCCCAGCAGCGUGCCCGCCUCGCCCCGCCGCAAGCGCCGCGCGUCGCCCGCCGGCCCCUACCGCUCGCGCAUGCGCCGCCUGGCCAACCACUACACGCCGCAGCCGCUGCUGCCGCCUGACAGAGACGGGCCCGGCACCUUCGCUGAGCUCACUGCAGGCAUCCCAACCCUAGACUGCGAGACGAGCCAGCUGGAGGCGCCGCGGCCGCCGCAGAUCAACGUGGGGCGCGAGUUCCAGGCGGACAUCCCGGCGCUGAGCGCGGCGCCGUGCCGCGACCGCCUCGACCUGCACCGCCAGGCCGAGCAGCUGCUGUGGGACCCCGGCAUCAACGACCGACUCGAUGACAACGAAGUGCGCAUGUUCAUGGAGCUGGCGAUGUGCGCGGCGAUGCCGGUGGGCGGGCACUCGCGCGAGUUCGCGCUGCAGACGCUGGGCGAGUGCGGGGGCGACGUGCGCGCGGCCACGCUGCGCCUCAUGUCGCGCCCCGCCGCCGCCACGCCCUUCGAGCAGCGCUGGGCGCCCGAGGAGGUGGAGGCCUUCCUGGCCGGCUUGAGGCACUAUGAUAAGGACUUCUACAGGAUUGCGCAGCUGAUAAGAACAAAAGACUCGAAACAAUGCAUACAAUUCUACUACUUCUGGAAGAAAGUGACCAAAGACUACAAAUCGUUCUUCAUGCAGAGCUGGGUGCCGGAGGCGGGCUCGUCCACACAAGGUUCCGUAAGCGCGGGGUCCGUAGCGCAGGCCCCCUCGAGCGUGUCGUCUCCUGUAACGUACGAAGGCGAGGAGUAUCCUUGCAAGAUAUGUGGGAAAGUAUUUAACAAAGUUAAAAGUCGUAGCGCGCACAUGAAGUCGCACCGGCCUCUGGACGCCGAGCCCAAGAGGCCUAAACUCGAAAAGCCUUUUGAAAAGGUGGACAGAUCAGACCCCUCGCCCGGUAACCCUGCCCAGUAGCAGGCGGCGAGGCUCCGCGGUACAAUACUCAUUCCUAUCAUUAAAUCGGCGCUGCUUUCUACAAGAGUCCUUCAGAGACUCGGGCGGCGCGGGCUCCGUCAGUGCGUCACCCACCGGCGCCCCACGUCCUGCCGGUGACUAGUGACGGACACUGCCACUCUGAUCACGAGCCUUGCCUUCUUUAGGAACAAUUCAAUUCGCCAGUUCCCACGGACUUGGACUAAUGCUGACGUUUAAGCAUUUACUACUUUUUAUGAUACGGAUUAGAAUUAUACAUAUAUAAAUAUUUAAUUUAAAAUGAACUAAGAAAUGGAGAGCGUAGUAAAUAGCAGCUAGAGGAGAGGUAGUUUGAAUUAAAUACCUAAAUUUAAAAUUAAAUUUAAAUCGACAGUUUAGAAAUUCUAUAAAAUCUUGGAAGAGAACGUUAAUAAAUAUUUUGUAUACUUACAUAAUGAUUGAAAUAUAGGAAUAGAUAGUUGUUUAUAAACUUUUUAUAUGAUGUAAAAACGACUAAUUAAUAUGAACGUGAGUUUGUGUAGUGUUACACUACAGUGUGAGCACGAGCUGCGUGCCAUCUCAUCGCCUUCUUGUUUGUCUCAAGUACUUACGAUCAUUUAUCAUUCUGUAAACCAAAGUCGAAUACAGAGAGUUACUCCUAUGCACUACCUCGUUUCUUUAUUAAUUAUUUUUUUCAUUUACAGAGCCUAGCUCGUUAUCAUUUGCUCAUUACUAGUUAAUAUUUUUGUUACGUUUUAUGUCUUUAGGCCAUGUGCAUUGUACAUACUUUUACGGCUCAAUACUACUACUAAAAGGUACUGUGGCCCUAUCGCGAAGCCAAAACGAAAUAACAUUUACGGAGUAAUAAGUGUCAAAC